AUGCCAGAUGGGGCACACAACACGUGCAGCUACAACGACACAAUCAUCCACAACAGACCCACCAACCUCAACACAACCAACUACAACACCAUCUCCCUCAACGACACAAUCAUCCACAACAGACCCACCAACCUCAACACAACCAACUACAACGCCAUCUCCCUCAACGACACAAUCAUCCACAACAGACCUACCAACCAUAACACAACCAACUACAACACCAUCUCCCUCAACGACACAAUCAUCCACAACAUACCUACCAACCACAACACAACCAACUACAACGCCAUCUCCCUCAACGACACAAUCAUCCACAACAGACCUACCAACCACAACACAACCAACUACAACACCAUCUCCCUCAACGACACAAUCAUCCACAACAGACCUACCAACCACAACACAACCAACUACAACACCAUCUCCCUCAACGACACAAUCAUCCACAACAGACCUACCAACCACAACACAACCAACUACAACGCCAUUUCCCUCAACGACACAAUCAUCCACAACAGAGCCGCCAACCUCAACACAACCAACUACAACACCAUUUCCAUCAACGACACAAUCAUCCACAACAGAACCACUAACCUCAACACAACCAACUACAAUACGAUCUUCAACAAAGGGUCCAAUGACUACAAAAUAUCCUUCAACAACAAAAACAGCACCAAUGCAUCAAUCAACGUCGGCGUCCAUUGCAACACAGUCUACAAAAGCGAAUUCAAUUACGUCAUCAAUGACAGAGAUAACGACAACUAAACUUGCGGUCACCGAUCAACCUUCUACUAAACCGACAACGCAGUCAACGACAACACAAUCGACUUCUCCGGGGACACGAAAAACGACUAAGGCAUUGACUCUAUCAACAGAACAAUCCUUUUCACAAGUCCUUGCUGAUUGCCCAUGCACUUAUUACAAUACAUUUAUCACUGUGCCGGGAAUAGGGACUCUGCACUGUGCCAAUCCCGAUAGACGGCGCUGUAUUGAUGGGAAAUGUCAUUGUCUGUUGGACCCCGAGGAUCCUUAAUAGUUUCAUUAGUACAGAGCUGUUUUAUUACUGUAAAAAUAAUUAAAAUACAUGGUGAAAUUCAGCUGUCUUAUUGCAUAUUCAGCUAUA